AUUGUAAUAUAACAAUUACUGUUCAAAAUACCAUUGUGUAAAGAUAUGGAUCCAGAAUUUCUUUCUAGGCUGAUUCCACAAAACAAGGACCACGUCCGUCCAGCAUGCAAGAAAUGUGGGUAUGCUGGACACCUGACCUACCAGUGUCGCAAUUUCAUUAAAGUUGAUCCAAAUAAAGAGAUAGUGCUGGAUGUUAGUAGUACGAGCUCUGACAGUGAUGAAAAUUAUGUAACACCUCUGACUGAAUUACGAGAGAAAGAAUUAAAAAAAAAGCAAAAGGAGGCAAAGAAGAAACACAAAGAAAAGAAGAGUAAUAAGAAGUCUAAAAAGCAUGAAAAACUAGAGACUAGUAAUACUGAUCCUGAAACAGAUGAUUCCAACAACAAGGAUGACAAGAAACAGAAACAUAAGAAGAGGAAUAAGAAGUCAAAAAACCAAAAACAUAAGAAGCAUAAAAAGGAUGACAUAUCAGACAGCAAUUACGAUGAUAAAAAAUAG